UAUAUUUUUAUUUGUUUGUUUGUGGUGAAUUAGUGAUGGCCAAACUUUCAAAUGUUAAGGCUCUACAACUUUACGUUUUAUGAGGGGAGGCAAACAUUUGGCUGUACCGUUAUGUCGACUACACCCACUGGCAUUAAAAAAGUCAGGCUCUCAAACGGACACCUUUUUACCUUCAGUUGGAGUGAAACUCGUGAAAAACGUCUUUUUUGACACGACAAACGUCCUGUGAUACAGGUGUUGUUGCCGUCCUGUGACGGAUUUAUCCUCUCAGCUGUCGGGUGUAAGGCGGAGAGGAAGCAAAGAUGCCGAAACCGAUCAACGUCCGUGUGACCACCAUGGAUGCAGAGCUGGAGUUUGCCAUCCAACCUAAUACCACAGGAAAACAGCUCUUUGACCAGGUGGUGAAGACGGUGGGUCUGCGGGAGGUCUGGUUCUUUGGCCUACAGUACGUGGACAGUAAAGGCUACAGCACUUGGCUCAAACUGAAUAAGAAGGUGACCCAGCAGGAUGUGAAGAAAGAGAACCCCCUGCAGUUUAAGUUCAGAGCCAAGUUCUUCCCUGAGGAUGUCUCAGAGGAACUCAUCCAGGAGAUCACCCAGAGACUCUUCUUCUUGCAGGUGAAGGAGGCCAUCCUGAACGACGAGAACUACUGUCCCCCAGAGACAGCUGUGCUACUGGCGUCAUACUCUGUCCAGGCCAAGUAUGGAGACUACAACAAAGAUGCCCACAAGCCUGGGUACCUUACCCAUGACCGACUGCUGCCUCAGAGGGUCCUGGAGCAGCACAAGCUGACCAAGGAGCAGUGGGAGGACAGGAUACAGACCUGGCACGAAGAACACAGAACAAUGCUCAGAGAGGACUCGAUGAUGGAAUACCUUAAAAUCGCCCAGGACUUGGAGAUGUACGGAGUCAACUACUUUGAGAUCAAAAACAAGAAGGGCACACAGCUGUGGCUGGGCGUGGACGCCCUCGGCCUCAACAUCUACGAACACGAAGACAAAUUGACACCAAAGAUUGGCUUCCCCUGGAGUGAGAUUCGAAACAUCUCUUUCAACGACAAGAAGUUUGUCAUCAAACCUAUUGACAAGAAAGCACCCGACUUUGUGUUUUAUGCCCCGCGGCUGCGCAUCAACAAGCGCAUCUUGGCGUUGUGUAUGGGUAACCACGAGUUGUACAUGAGGAGGAGAAAGCCCGACACCAUCGAGGUGCAGCAGAUGAAGGCUCAGGCCCGAGAGGAGAAGCACCACAAACAGAUGGAGAGAGCCCAGCUGGAGAAUGAGAAGAAGAAGCGAGAGUACGCGGAGAAAGAAAAGGAGAGGAUAGAGCGCGAGAAAGACGAGCUCAUGGAGAGGCUGAGAAAGAUUGAAGAGCAGACGUUGAGAGCUCAGAAAGAGCUGGAGGAACAGACUCGCCGGGCCCUGGAGCUGGAGCAGGAGAGGAGGAGAGCGAGGGAGGAGGCCGAGAGGCUGGAGAGAGACCGGCAAACGGCUGAGGAGUCCAAGGCGGAGCUGGUCAAACAGGCUGCAGACCAGCAGAAGACCCAGGAACAACUGGCUGGUGAACUGGCUGAAUUCACAGCCAAGAUCGCUCUCCUGGAAGAAGCCAAGAGGAAGAAAGACGACGAGGCCACAGAAUGGCAGCACAAGGCUAUGUCCGCCCAGGAGGACCUGGUGAAGACCAAGGAGGAGCUGAAGACCGCGAUGACCGUGGUGCCGGCGCCUCUGGUCAGCCACGCCGAGAGCGAGCACGAGGAGCAGGACGAGAACCACGCGGAAGCCAGCGCCGAGCUCUCCAAUGAGGGCGUCAGCGAGCUGGACCUCCGCAGCGAGGAGGCGCGCGUCACUGAAGCUCAGAAGAACGAGAGGGUCAAGCAACAGCUGCAGACAUUAAGCUCAGAGUUGGCCGAGGCCAGGGACGAAACCAAGAAGACGCAGAACGACGUGUUGCACGCGGAGAACGUGAAAGCGGGCCGAGACAAAUACAAAACGCUGCGCCAGAUCCGAUCGGGCAACACCAAGCAGCGCAUCGACGAGUUUGAGUCCAUGUGAGAGCGGCGCCUCGGUCCCCCUCGACCUGCUCCCGAACUUUCCCCAUCAGCGGCUGCUCGAUUUUCAUGGACAACAGAUGCUGCCGUCCUUAUAGCCCCACCAAGUCCCCUUCAACAUCCCCCCCAGGCAAUCUUGAGAAAUCAUCUUGUCAAACUUUGCCAAAGUCCUGCCCCACAUCCCCGCUCUCUCCGUCAUAUGGAGCUGCCUCCACGCCACUCUGAACAAGCAAAUAUCAGCGUACUGAAGAGAUCAUCUGUGAUCCUUAAACAAAGGGGAAAAGAGAAACUGUUUAACCAAAAUGGAAGCAAUUGGAUUUUUUUAUUUUGAGCAAACAUGGCCAUAGAAAGCUACUUUUGUUGUUAUGUUUUUUGUUUUGCUUGACGACUUUGUAUGCAAAGGUUUAGUAUCCAUGUCCUCAGUUAAAGAUUACCUGUCAUCUCCUUGGUUUUAGGGUUUCCUUCUGCUUUAGUUUGACUGGUUUUUAUAUUGAUGACGCAUUUCUUUUUAGUUGUCCAGCUAUGAAUAAAGACUGGAGGAUAAAUUAGGUCACUAUUUUCAGUCAGCAUCCGAAACAUAUCACAAGCUAGUCAUGCUAAUGACCUCAGCAUCUGUGAGUUGUGAGAGAGCUGAGGUCAUUUCACUCUAUUCAAUCAAACUGUUAUUUGAAUGUUACAUUAUGUAAAAAGAAACAACACUGCAGUAUUUCAAUAGUUUAAUUACAGGCUGGAUAUCAAGAAAAGCGGUGACCCUCGUAGGGAAAAGAGCCACCCGACUUGUCACAUGGCAGGUUUUCGAUGAGCGAAUGUAGCAAAGAUAACAAAGGGAAAGUGUUUUUACAUGCAGAGGCGAUAGGACAGCAUGUUAUGAGCUUGUGCCACCGAGCUAUCGCCCCCUCAAGUGUUAUGAAGAUAAGCUAACUGGUAGUGUGUGUUUUCCCAGUUGCGUCCUAGUGUUUCAUUCCCAGUCACCAUAGAUGGUUUUCUCUGCCUACCAGCUCACAGAGGAUGUUAAACGGACAGACAGAGGAGCAGAGAGCUGUUUGUCUGUCUGUCCAACUUGUUUGAGUGAGUGAGUGUGAAAGUAUAUACGAAUGUGUGGAAGCUGAGAUCUGGCACCUCUCUGGCUGGGGAGCUUAUGAAAACAUCUGUCCUCGAACCCAGGACAAUCUCUACCUCAGUAAUGUUAGCGGUGGUGACUGGCAGUCAAACACUCAGGGUGUUUCCUCCCCCCCCUUCCCUUCCUUUCCUUGGUUGCUGUUACAUCCUUGAGUGGUGCUCCUGGGCAGGCUACGUGGCUUUGUGGCUGUACGUUGGGUUACGGAUCUCAAGAGAACAUUAAGGGUCUAUGUAAAACAUACCUCCUAGGUGAGAGAUAGAGUGAAAAGUGUUAUUUCUUAAGCUAAUUUUACACAAUGGUCUCCAACCAAACAAUGAGGAAAGUGAAAUUGAGAUGUACUAAAGGUCAAUUUGUCGUUCUCCUGUGAAGCAUUUGGUUCUAAGUUGUUGGUGGUGACAGCCUGGGUCUACAGAGCCUUGUUUAUAAAGAAGCCUCUCUUGUAUAAUAGUUAAAUGCCUUCAAUGUCUGCGCAGAACUCCUCUCUGUUUCAAUUUCACUUAAAGGAGACAAGUUUGCAGACCUGCAAUGGAUUCAUGGGACUGUCUGAGAGACUUGUGAAUACCUAAAGAGGUGCGUUAUUAGUAGUUCUUGAUGUGAAGGGACCUAUUUGUGAGAAUCUCUCCUGAAUCAAACGGAGAAGCCAAUUUCUUCCCCUAAAAAAUCGUAUUAUAAAUUCUCAUCUGACAACAUUGUGCUGAAACAACAAACUGACUUUUGUGGGGCGGAAAAAUAUGUUCCAUGGUGCGUUCUUUUGAAAUGUGUGAACAUUAAGCUUUUUUUUUUUUUUUUUAAUUAACAUUAUGAUGAAAUGGUAUUAUUAUUUGUUACGCUUCUACUUGACAGCUGGUGUGGGUUGAUAUUUUUUUAAUAGUCCAACUUUUAAAGUUAAAGCACUUGUAUGAGACAAGACACUGAAGCCUGCCUUUUGUGUUAACUUCAGUGUCCGUUGUUAGUGUUGUGUUUGCCAUAGCAGGUGGGAAAAUGAUCCUGUGCUUCCAGCUUAUAUUUUUGUAUUGUGUUCCAAGACCCCAAAGCAGCAGCACGCAUCGCUAUACUGGACAGCUUCACUGGAGGGGAAAUCUCUUGUUGACACCCAUCUUCACAGCAGAAUGUGACAUGUCCCCUCCAGUGAAGCCAGCGUCUGGCACCAGCUGUCACGUUUUGCCGUUUGUUUUUGUUUUUUCCUUACGUUCAUGUUAGUAUUCUUUAAGAUAGAAGGCACACAGAUGGAUUGCAGUCCAUUUCAUUGGUUCACAAAUAAAAGUUUUAAAUUUUGA